GCGGCGCUGCGAGCGCCGAGUGGCGCAGGGAGAUGCGAGAGUGCGCCCGCCGCCGGCACCAUGCGCCCCGCGCCCGCGCUGGCCCUGGCCGCGCUCUGCCUGCUGGCGCUACCCGCCGCCGCCGCCGCCGCCGCCUACUUCGGGCUGACCGGACGUGAGGUCCUGACACCCUUCCCAGGCGUGGGCACAGCGGCAGCGCCGGCACAGGCUGGGGCCCACCUGAAGCAGUGUGACCUCCUGAAGCUGUCCCGACGGCAGAAGCAGCUGUGCAGGAGGGAGCCUGGCCUGGCCGAGACCCUGAGGGACGCCGCACACCUGGGGCUGCUGGAAUGCCAGUUCCAGUUCCGGCAGGAGCGCUGGAACUGCAGCCUGGAGGGGAGGACUGGCCUGCUGCAGAGAGGCUUCAAGGAGACAGCCUUCCUGUAUGCCGUGUCCGCAGCUGCCCUCACUCACGCUCUGGCCCGGGCCUGCAGCGCUGGGCGCAUGGAGCGUUGUACCUGUGACGACUCCCCAGGCCUGGAGAGCCGGCAGGCCUGGCAGUGGGGUGUGUGUGGUGACAACCUGAAGUACAGCACCAAGUUCCUAAGCAACUUCCUGGGGCCCAAGAAAGGAAGCAAGGACCUACGGGCGCGAGCCGAUGCCCACAACACCCAUGUGGGCAUCAAGGCUGUCAAGAGUGGCCUGAGGACAACCUGUAAGUGCCAUGGUGUGUCGGGCUCCUGUGCUGUGCGGACCUGCUGGAAGCAGCUCUCCCCCUUCCGAGAGACCGGCCAGGUACUGAAGCUACGCUAUGACACGGCUGUCAAGGUCUCCAGUGCCACCAAUGAGGCCCUGGGCCAUCUGGAGCUCUGGGCACCUGCUAAGCCCGGUGGGCCUGCCAAGGGCCUAGCGCCUCGGCCCGUGGACCUGGUCUACAUGGAAGAUUCUCCCAGCUUCUGCCGGCCCAGCAAGUACUCUCCCGGCACGGCAGGCAGAGUGUGCUCCCGAGACACAAGCUGCAGCAGCUUGUGCUGCGGCAGAGGCUACGACACCCAGAGCCGAGUGGUGGCUUUCUCCUGCCACUGCCAGGUGCAGUGGUGCUGCUACGUGGAGUGCCAGCAAUGCACACAGCAGGAGCUUGUCUACACCUGCAAACGCUAGGCCUCCCCUAGGUGAGCCCUCGGCACCGCCAGGACUCCCUCCCAACUGCGUGCGCGAGCGUACCCCCGCUGAUGCGCAUGCCACGCACAAGAGUGGGACACUCACCUCUCUUCCCCACCAGACCAUUGGCUGGCCUUCUCCCUUCCCUGACACUCAGCAGGGAGAAACAGAGCCCUGCCUCCGAGUCCCAGGAUCACCAACCUGGUAGAGGACUUGGGGCAGGAGAACAGACUGAGGAGAGAGGGGAGUCCAUGAGGACCAGGGGAGGGCAGGAAUGGGGAUGCCAGGCUGGAAGAGAGAAGCAGCUUCCUGUCUCAAAGCCGACAAAAGCUGGGAGGAUGUGGAGGAGGAAGGCAGAGCUGGCUGGAGCAUGGGGCGGAAGGGCAUCCAACUGAGCUGGCCAACCUGCUUUCGUCUUACCCUGAUGGCAGAGAGUUCUGGGUGCCACAUGCCUGCCCUGAUCCGGUGGCUCUGCUCCCUGGAGACUGUUCGGAAUGUUUAUUGGAAGCAAGGGAAGCCGUGUAGGCUUGGGUGGAUCGAGUCUUGAGUCCUGGCACUCAGGGCUGCCUUCCUGUCUCUGUGUCUUGAGAGCUGAGUCCCUUAGAGCCAUCCGCCUCUGCCCAAUGAGACCCCAAAAUGCAUGUCAGAAGGAUGCAGGAGCCAGUGUCCAGGGCGGGACUCAGAUAACGCAACUAGGGUUGAGUGGGGAGACAGUGACCCUUGGUGGCCAAACGAACCUUUAAUCACAGCCCAGAGGAGGAGAGAGGCAGUGUCCUGACUGGGGAGAGAUAUGACUGGCUCUGUACUGUAACACCACCCUGGAGUGUGCGCUGCCAGUUUCUGUGACUGGUGUCCACCUGAGCUGCAAGGUCCCCGUACGUGUAGGAAGCACAGCACCGAAGACUGGUUGGCCCGCGGGCCACAGGUCGGCUUCACCUCUGCUCUCAAGGAUGCUUAUGCAGGCUUUUGCCCUGCCUAAGCGUCUGCUAAGCUUGGCCUCCUCAGCGGCCCCAUUCAUUUACUAAUGACUCUUCCCUUGGGCUCCCACCAGAGGAGAGCAGAAUAGCUGUUACUGGAUCCUUUGGUCAUUGUUAAUGCCUCCCAGCAAAGCCCUCUGUGAAAGGAGAGAAAAUAGUCCACACAUACAGGCUCACACAAGCACACACGCAGCCCGGCCAGGCACAGAUUUCCCAUGGAGCAGUGCCCAUCUCUCCAGUCCAGGACAAAGGCCUCAUCGGGCUCACUCUGCUGGAGGCUGGCAGGGACCAAAGCCAACCAGGAGGAAGCGACCUCCUUUGGGAAGGCUUUGGCCACUUGGCCUGCCGUGCCACGCCCGCCUGUAAACUUCCUUCCACCCUGAGCCCUCUACCCCUCUACGAGAGCAGGAAGCUUCACAGUCGGCGGGAGCUGAGCAGCAUCCCCCAUGCCAAGACCUCCAUUUGUCACCCAUCUUCUGUGGCUCGGGCAGCAUGAAGAUGCUGGAAGGAUCUUUGAGGGCAGAAGCUCCAAGGAGGAGCAACAGUGACCUGACACCCUUCCCCGGAGUGACUUGGCUGGUUAAAGGAGCCCACCCAUGGCUUGGCAGGAGGAGAAGAAUAGACUGAGUACUAGCUUUCUAGUUUCUCGAUGAAGGGAUAUUUGUUCCUUGGCAACGGCCGUCAUUCUUCUCCUCUGUGACCUCUACUCCUGCUCUUCCAGGAGGCUACACAGGCAAGAAGGGAACCUGGAACAACGUGGGGACUAGAACACCCUGACCUACAACCAAGCCACCUGUUUGUGCCCUGACUCUAUGGCCAGGAGGGCUGAGGGUUUGGAAGGGUCAAAGUUGGACCUGAAGUCUAGGGUGUGGCUGGCCAUUAACACUAAUGCCCUCGGAUACCCUCAGUCAGGCCCUCUUUUUCUCUUCUCCUUUCUCUCUCCAAGGCCCUUUUUUCCCCGUUCCCCCUAAAAGCCCAUCACAGCCAUGCUGGGGCCCCUCAAACUGGAACUUUAAGGGAGAUAUUUACAGGGUAUUUCUGCCUACCUCAUACGUAUAGUUCUUAGAAAAUAAUUUAUAUAGCUAAGAUAUAUGGGAAAGUAUUUAUGUUAUUUAUAUAGCUUCUCUAUUUCUUGGGCACCAUAUGUGGGGUUCCCGUGUUUACCCAGAAGCCUCUGGAGAAACACAGAUGGGCCUGCCUGGGGCAUUGCAGAGCUGGAUGCCAGGUAGCUGAGGGAGACCUCAGCUCCUGUCUCACAAAAGUCUGUCUUGGAGCUCUGGAGCAUACAUCCCUCCUGAGAUGAGUCCUGUGAGACCGAGCGGGAUCUUCCGUGUGUCUCUGCCUCCGGCCCCAAAAGUUUCGCUCACAAAGGACAAAAAGGAUGAGCACACUUUCCACUUUCAGAAACAUUCACUCUUUACCUUCCCUUGAUCUCCCCCCGUUCCCCCAUGAGGCUAGGGGAGGCCACACCACUGUACCAUUUUCCAGAUUUGGCCCAGAGAUGGAGGCGUGUGCUCAAAGUCACGAAGAAGGGAACGAUGAGUGAAUAUUGACUUAAGCAUUCCCCAGGAACCAGACAGAGGCCUGGACCUACCUGGAACCCGAGAGUCAAAGCCGGUUGUUCUCACUCUGAAGCUAGGAACUAAGUGAGGUCCUUACUGUGUGUGACCCCAGCCUUCCGCCAUGGAUGGCAUGCUAGUUUCUCCAGCAAGCUGAGUCUCCUGUCUCAAGGACUGGGACUUCCUGAGAAGACUGGCGAGACAAGGACUCCAUGGAGGUUAUUCCUCAGGAUCCUGCAGCCCAAGUUGCCAGAAAUGACCAUAGCCCCCAGCCCCUCCCUGCCCAUGUAUGAGUUUUGUUUGUUUUGUGUUUUUCCUUAAAAAAAAAAAUUGACUUUUUUUCCCACUGGAUUUCUAAUAUUUUCUUUGAAAGUCAGUUGCACUGGCAAAUGGGACCUGCAUCCCCUGGCUGCCGGCAUUGGGGGGCAUACCAGACAGGAUGCAUGGGGAUCCCCAAUUGGCCCAGCGUCCCCUGACCUUCCUUGAGUCAUACAUGUUCCCACCUGGCUUCUAUGGGCAUGCGGAGCCUGUCCCCUGGUCUAGGUAAAGCCAGCUGCUCUGGCACCCUCUGUUCCCUGGCAGACAGAGCACCGUACUCAAGGUUAGCUCUCAGUUCCCCAAGGUUCCUCUCUCAAUGACCAUGAGCUUCCAGCGCUUCCCACCUGCGCACAUCCGCGAACCCCAGCGGAGGCUCUUCUUCGCUAGGCGCUGGCACAGCCAUCCACCUCCCAGCGAUUACUGAGAGAGCUGCCUAAUGAGGGGGGGCAGCAGUGCUGAAGAGCAAGUCCCAGCCUCCUGGGGGCUGCCAUCUGGCAAGGGGAAAGCUAACAAACCAAUAAACUAUGCACUGGAUA